AAUGUUAUUUCCAGGUGUAAACAGAGAGUUGAAAGAAGGAUAUGAAAGUGAUAAGGAUGGGGUGAAGAACAUCUGCACUGAAACGGAUAAUUCAUUUCAGAAAGAAAACAAAGAUGUUGAAACAGCAGGAGUCAAAGCCGAUCAAGAUAAAAUACAGCAUCUAUUUCACAGACUUUACCUUGGAGGCAGGCGCCACAAUAAACUGAGAGCUGCAGAUGUUCUUCAGAUAACUGAACAUUCGUUACAGCCUCAUGAGUCUUGUGUUGAAGAGGAGCUGGUUCAGACUUUCAUUGAAAAAAUACUGAUGAUGGACUACAGAGCAAGAUUCAUCAGUGUUAAGGAGACAAAUGAACAGGAUCAACAGAGAGAUGCUUACUCGUCUGAAGAUGAGGGUGAUUUGUUUGAAUGUGUUCUUCACAUUACUUCGUCAAACACAGUUAUAGGCCAAUCUGAGCGAAUCCACCCGAUGGAUGUUCAGAUGGCGGUGUUUCAUUGUGCUGAUGGUUUCCUGAAGCAACUGAUGGUGACUAAACUGUCCCAGUGUCAGUACGCUCUGCUUCUGCUUGUUCCUGAUCCAGUCACAAAACAGAUUGAGUUUCCUCUCUGGACAUUCAGACAAAUCAACAAGAGCUGGAAGACGAGAAACACCAACAAUGAGACCAUCAGUCAAUCCCAUCCGAUCUACAAGACACAAACUCCUAUGGUGUUUUUCUUCAGGUUUGGCUCUGUGUCUUCAUCCAAGUCUCAGCUGAUGAACAGUUUGAUCAAUGAGAAACACAACACGUUCUUCCACAGGAACUGUCCAGGCAGCUGCAGAACCAGAGUCCUGAUGGAUGGAGUGGUGGAGAUUGCCUGGUUCUGCCCUUCUGGGAAAAACACAGAUCAAUUCACUGACUGUGUUGCAUUCUGUAAUCUACACGGUGAUUCAGGAGACCAUGAGAAACAGUUGCAGAUCCUCACUGAAAUGGCCUCAGUCAUUGUUGUUCUUUUGCCACGACUGGACAGGAAUGACAGAAGUGCAGCAAUGAUGAAUAACCUGUUUGGAAACAAAAAGCCACUCAUUUGUCUUUUUACGGAGGAUGAAUUUACUGUAAUGAAGAUAAAGAAAAGAAAAUUCAAAAUCGGUUUGAAAUACAGAAAUCAGUCAGAUGUGUCUGAAGAACUUAGAAGAACUAUAAAAGAGUGUCUCUCAGAAACAUCUUCCACUUUCAGACUUGAAGAUGUGUCCAAGCACUCAGAUAUCAGAGUAGAUGAGGAAGAUGAUGACAGCAGGAGAGGAAGAGCAGCAGCACAGCAGAUGAUGAGUUUACUGGAGAAUAAAGAUCUGACAGAAAUCAAGGAAUUAUUUCUGCCUCAUCAGGGGAAACUGUGGCAUCAGUGGAGUCAGAAGAACAAAGAACUACAUCGACCUCGAGGAGAAGAAAUAAAAAUGGAAAUAAGUACAAAAACAAUAGAAAUGAAUAAAAUCCGUGAAAAACAGCAUGAAUCUGACAUGAGUAAGUUUAUGAAGAUCUUUAUUAAAGAAAUGGACUCACAUAAUGAACAUGGAAAGAUGUUUUUCCUCAAAUGGCUCAGAAUCCUUUUGGAUGAACAUGCAUCAAGUGACCUUUCUGCUCUUCUUCACAAAUAUGAUAAAGCAUGGUCAGCAGUCUUGAAACUGAAAGACAGCAGUAAUAAAUCUGAACAACAUAAAGCUAAACAAACUGAACUUGAGAAAAUAUCUGAGGAGCUUCAAGCUGCUACCUUUGGUCUGGAGCACAUCAUGAGGGAAAUCGGUCAGAUCUAUGAAUCAUGUUCAUCUGUGAAGAAGAUCAAGAAAGACCUGGAGGUUCACUUCUCUUCUCUCCCGAGUCUUGCAGCACAGAUGAUGAUCUCUGGAUUUCCUCUGGAGCUGAUGGAUGGAGAUGCUGCUCAUGUGAUCUGGAUCUCUGCUGUUCUAGAUCAACUCGUCCAGAAACUGGGAGACCAGCGAGUCUUUGUGCUGUCAGUUUUAGGGAUUCAGAGCUCUGGGAAAUCCACCAUGCUGAACGCUAUGUUUGGACUUGAGUUUGCCGUCAGUGCAGGCAGGUGCACCAGAGGAGCUUUCAUGCAGCUGGUCAGAGUCUCAGACGCGAUGAAAACACAGAUGAAGAUUGACUUCAUUCUGGUUGUUGAUACUGAGGGACUUCGUGCUCUAAAACUGUCUGGAAGAUCAACAAGAGAUCAUGACAAUGAAUUGGCCACAUUUGUUGUUGGAAUUGGAAAUCUGACCUUGAUAAACAUCUUUGGAGAAAACCUGUCUGAGAUGCAGGACAUUCUUCAGAUUGUUGUUCAGGCCUUCCUGAGGAUGAAGAAGGUCAGACUGAAUCCCAGCUGUGUGUUUGUGCAUCAGAACGUUUCAGACGUCACAGCUGAAGAGAAAAACAUGGAGGGAAGGAGACGACUGCAGGAGACACUGGAUGAGAUGACAAAACUCGCUGCUAAAGAUGAAGUCUGUGAUGCAGAAUGUUUCAGUGAUGUCAUUAGAUUUGAUGUUCAGAAAGAUGUGAAGUAUUUUGCUCAGCUCUGGGAGGGCAGCCCACCAAUGGCACCACCAAACCCAAACUACUGUGAGAACAUUCAAGAACUAAAGAAAACUAUUCUUUCUCAUGCCGCAAAAUCACAUGGAAUUAUGCUGAAAGACUUAACAGUUCGUGUUGAAGAUCUCUGGAAGGCUUUACUGAGUGAACGAUUUGUCUUCAGCUUCAGAAAUUCUCUGGAGAUCUCAGCUUACAGGAAACUGGAAACGGAAUACAGCAAGUGGUCCUGGAGUCUACGCAGUGCCAUGAUGGAAACUGAGAACAAACUGCACAACAAAAUAGAAAAUGAAGUAAUUCAUGAGAUUGAGAGAAAAUAUCUUGAAACACAACUGAAGAAGACAAGUGAAGAAGUAGAACAAUCAAUGUCUGAUUUCUUUGAAAAUGACAAAGAUAAAGAUAUACUGAUUCAAUGGAAAACAUCAUUUAAAAUCAAAAUCGAAGAACUUCAGGAAAACAUUGUGAGGGACACAGAGAAGAAACUAAAUGAGGUUCUUAAACAGCGAGACUUGAAGAAAGAGAUUGACGCUCAGAGGAAACAUCGUGAAGACACUCUCUAUGAAAAGAGCAAAGAACUUGCCUUAGAGCUCAAAUAUAAAAAUAAUAAUGAAGAAACAUUGAAGAAAGAGUUUGAUUCCUUUUGGGAACAGUGGACAAAGGAGAUCAUCACAGACACCUCUCCAAUCAAAGAAAUUAACAUAAUGAGAGAUGUGAGAGAGAUCCUCAGGGACAUCUAUGGAAGUGUUUCUGUAGAUCACUCGAGGGAGAGCAAUGAGUACAACAAAGUUGUCACUGUGCAGAGUUAUUCAGAAUAUGUACAGUUAAAAAAAAACAGUGGAUUUAAAGGACAGGUUAAACAUGCCUUCAGCUCAGCUUUAGGUUUUGAUCCUUUACAUAAUGAGGAUGAAACCCAGAUAAGAUCAUUUGUCACAGAUGUUGUUCAGCAGACAGACAAAGAGAUUCAGUCAUUUAACAUUUCAAAGAUGGGCUAUAACAAAAGCUGCAUUCAAAAACUCACAGGUUACAUCAAGGCAAGAAUAAUACAACAUGAGGAAGGAUGCCUGAAAUAUGUGUUCAAGAAUGAAUUCUUCAUGGAUUUGGUUCUUUCCAUCUGUGAGAGAGCAAACAAGAUGAUCACUGACGAACACACAAUGUUUACAGAAGCCAAUAAUCCUGUCAAAUAUGUUCAGAAAAAGAGAGAAGAGUACUAUAGUAUUUUCCAGAAAUACUGUCAAGGAGCAACAUCAGCUGCUAUUUGUGGUGAGAUCAUCUGUCAGAAACUUAAAGAUCCCAUCGAGCAGAGUGUCCACAAGAAGACUGCUAGAGAUCUGGCAAAUGAAAUGAGAACAGAAUGUCCAUCACUAAAAGAAAACCGAUUAAAACUGGAGAAGCACAUCCUGGAGACACUGGCAGAAGAGGAGGACUUUGACAAAUACAUGAACUACAUUCAUAAUCCCAGAGAUCACUUCAAGAGUUUCAUUAGAGAUGAAGUCAAUCGAUAUAUCACUGCUAAGUUCAGUGAAAGUGUUUUACCAAAGAUAAAGGAGAACACUGAACUCCUGCAGCAGAAGAUCAUGAAAGCAGUUCAUGAAUCUACUGGACAUGUCAAAGUGAAUAGAGGAGAUGAAUCUACUGAACAUUUUCAAGAGAAGAGAGGAGAUGAAUCCACUAAAUAUGUUCAAGAGAACAGAGGAGAUGUUGGUUUGUGGUUAAAGAGUUUCACACAGCAGCUCUCAGAUGAGCUGAUCUUCUCUGAAAAAGAUCUCAGUGGAGUGAAAUAUGAUGAUUUUGAUUUCAAACUCCUAGAAGAUGUGAUGAGAAAAGAACUUGAUCAUGUGAUCUCUAUUUCUGACAGUAGUUUCAACACAAAUACUUUUAAUGAAAAGCUGGACUUAAACUUCAGACCAGAUGAGCUUCUGUUUUCUCAUUUCUGUCAGUGCUGUUGGGUUCAGUGUCCGUUCUGUGGAGCCUUCUGCACCAGCACAAUAGAAAACCAUCCUGGAGAUCACAGUGUCCCUUUCCACAGAGUGACUGGAAUUAAAGGAACUUCUUACUAUCAAACAGAUGAUCUCUGUGCUGAUUUCUGCACAACUUUAGUGACAAGUAGAAAACAAUUUCGUGUUUCAGAUAAGAGUUUUCCAUGCAGUGACUACAGAAGUGCAGGAGGAGUUUAUGAAAAGUGGGACAUCACCCCUGACCCUCAUGGACUGCCAUACUGGAAGUGGUUUGUGUGCACAUUCCAGGGAAAACUGGAAAAUCAUUAUAAUAAAAAAUUCAAGGAUCAGGGUGAGAUUCCACCUGAAUGGGGAAUGAACGAAAAACAAGCUGCUAUUCAGAGUUUGAACAAAAUGAUUGUUUCAAACUAAUGGAACCGAUAAGACUUAAACCCCCUUUUAUACCACUCAUUUAAAGAACAAUCUAAAAUAUAAACAUACAAUUCCCCCUACAUUAUAAGACUUGUCGUGGCAGGUGAUUCAUUAGAUGUGCGGAGGAACGUGGAGGAAAACAGGACAGAAUCUCAACUGAUGGAGCAGCAGGAAAUUGUUUUUAGAAUAAGAAUGAUUUA